UAUUGGUGAAAAGAGGCGAUAAUGGGAUCAAUUGAGGGUGAAAAUAAUAAAAGUUUGGAGAUUGAGAGGGAGAAAAAGCUUGAGGAUUGGCUACCGAUUACAUCUUCAAGAAAUGCAAAGUGGUGGUAUUCAGCCUUUCAUAAUGUCACGGCUAUGGUUGGCGCCGGUGUUCUUAGCUUGCCUUAUGCUAUGGCUCAACUUGGAUGGGGUCCGGGCGUCACGGUGCUCAUCCUCUCAUGGAUAAUCACCCUCUACACGCUCUGGCAAAUGGUGGAGAUGCACGAGAUGGUCCCUGGCAAACGCUUCGACCGCUACCACGAGCUAGGGCAGCACGCGUUUGGCGAGAAGCUAGGCCUGUGGAUUGUCGUCCCCCAGCAGCUCAUAGUGGAAGUAGGGAGCAACAUUGUUUACAUGGUCACCGGAGGGAAAUCUCUGAAGAAGUUUCACGACUUGGUUUGCCCCGACUGCAAGAACAUCAAGCUGACGUAUUUCAUUAUGAUCUUCGGCUCCUGCCAUUUCGUGCUCUCGCAGCUUCCUAACUUCAACUCCAUCUCUGGCGUCUCCUUGGCCGCUGCUGUUAUGUCUCUCAGUUACUCAACCAUUGCUUGGGUAGCUUCUUCAGCCAAAGGAAAGCAAACGGGCGUAUCCUACAGUUACAAAGACACAGCAACAUCAGGAACAAUUUUCAACUUCUUCAACGCUUUAGGCGACGUGGCCUUCGCCUAUGCUGGCCAUAGUGUCGUUCUUGAAAUCCAAGCGACGAUUCCAUCAACACGCGAAAACCCAUCAAAAAAGCCAAUGUGGAAGGGAGUUGUAGUUGCUUAUAUUGUCGUCGCAAUCUGUUAUUUUCCUGUUGCCUUGGCGGGCUAUUGGAUAUUUGGAAACUCGGUUGAGGAUAACAUACUUGUAACCUUGGAGAAGCCAAGGUGGAUUGUUGCGACGGCGAAUUUGAUGGUUGUUGUUCAUGUUAUUGGGAGUUAUCAGAUAUUUGCUAUGCCAGUGUUUGAUAUGAUUGAAACAGUCCUAGUUAAGAAGUUUCGUUUGCCACCGGGUCUUACUCUUCGUUUGAUUGCAAGGACUGCUUAUGUUGCACUUACGAUGUCCAUUGCUAUAUGUAUCCCUUUCUUUGGUGGUCUACUUGGAUUCUUCGGAGGAUUUGCAUUUGCCCCAACUACAUACUUUCUACCAUGCAUUAUUUGGCUUGCUAUAAAAAAACCUAGACGGUUCAGCUUAUCUUGGCUCAUAAAUUGGUCUUGCAUCAUUCUUGGGGCUUUGUUAACGGUUUUGGCACCAAUCGGAGGUUUGAGAUCGAUCAUAAAAAGUGCGAGUACUUACGAAUUCUUCUCUUGAGCUUAAGUGCACAAAUGAAGAAUAUCAGAUGCUGAAAAUACUGAAUGCUGUUUUUUCAUAAUGCAUUCAGUAAGUGUUUUAUUGUUUAAGUUUUUUUUCUUAGGAGAACAAUAUGUAAAGAAGUACUAUUACAAAGACUUCUGGUUGAUUUUUCUCCAAAAUUUAUUUUUCAUUCAACUACUAGAGAUGCUGUUAUGCAAUGAAAAUCAAGCGUUUCUCUGGUA